GGCACUUUUUUCAGUUUUGAUCCAGUCAUCAUGCAGUCUACACAGUUCUUCUCAGUGACCAAUAUCCAAACAGUUUUCUGCCUAGUACUCCUCACACCUAGGCUCACUUUGAGUCAAAACAAUCCUAGCACCUCACCGGAUGAUGCUCAAGUCUUUGACGCCAUUUUAACCAAUACCAAAUAUGACCUGCGAGUUCCGCCGAAAAAUACCAAUGGAAAAGACGCGGUGGUGGUGAGAACGAGUGUUUACGUGUACUUUAUGGGCCGCUUUGAGGCUGAACGUCUCGAAUAUGAGAUGCAGCUCAUGAUUCGACACCGAUGGACCGACCCUCGAUUGUCUUUCCGUAACUCGAACAUGAGUUUGGGGCAGAAUUGGCUGUACGACAGUUUGGAAGGGGAAAGCUGGUUUACUGACCGAAUUUGGACGCCCAACAUCUUCAUCGAAAAUGAACAAGCCUCAAAGCUGACAGAGCUUCUUCGAUCGAAUAUUUUCGUGCGAAUUGGACGGGUUGGAAACGUACAAAUGAAUUACAGGGUGACUACGACUGUGUUGUGUAAUAUGGCGCUGCAGCGAUUCCCUCAUGACAGACAGGGUUGUGCUCUAAAGCUAGAAAGUUGGACCUUGAAUGCCAACGACAUGUUGCUAGAAUGGGAGCCUCGGAACCCAGUCGAAAUCAAUGACUUUAUUGUACCAGAGUAUUCCUUGAUGUCAUCUAAAACCUUUGAGAGGUUGUCGUGCUACAGUGAGGGGUUUCCUUCUCCACGAUAUUCCGAUGAACCAAAGAUUAGCCUCGACGGGUCCAACAACGGAAGCAUGUGCAGCGCCACCAGCCGAAACUAUAGUACCAUUCAAGUCAGUUUUGUCCUUCAGAGACAAGUGGGACACUACUUCUUGGAUUACUAUAUUCCAAGCAUCUUGCUAGUGGCCAUGAGUUGGGUAGCUUUCUGGUUGGAUCCAAGUGCGGUUCCAGGGAGAACCACAUUAGGUACGGCGACUUGGCUCACCUUCAUAACAUUGACCCAUAACACGGGCAAUGAUCAACUCCCCAAAGUCAGUUACAUCAAGUAUCUCGAUGUCUGGUUUCUCGGAUGCACGGUUUUCAUUUUCUGCUCGCUCUUGGAGUUUGCCAUUGUCAAUACCAUUUCGAGGCAGAAACGGACGGUUGCGGUGAAGAAUUUUAGCGCCAAGAACAUUUUGAAAGGCGCUGCCACCGUCCUAAAUACGCCCAUAAUCAGCAGAAAGAGUGCACCGGUCACACCCGCCAAUCCUAGGCGGAAAAGUGACACGACCCUGAAUAUGUCUUUUGAAAACGUCAACCAACUGACCACGUCCACAAUCGACAAUCAACUAUCGGUGCGAUCAAUGGAUGACAUAUUUGCAUUACAAAGAAACCACGAAUUGACUUCGUGGAAAAACGACGGAGCAUCAUUUUCUGAGGUCUCGAUUCCAGUUCCACGAACUCCUCCCUAUCAAAACGGAACAUCAAUUCCCUCUGAAGGGGAGGAGAACGAAGUCAAGGGGCCUUUGGACUACUUCAAAGAUAUGUCAAGUGAAGAAAUUGCAUUGUGGAUCGAUGGCAAAGCGAGGUUUUUGUUUCCGGCCUGUUUUAUACUUUUCAAUUUGGGUUAUUGGUUCUUUGCCUUCCGACUGGAUUGUCUGAUUGGAAAAGCCUGCGAGGAAGUGGACUCGCACACUCAUUUUUGAUCUUGAAAUAAAUAUCAUAAUCUCUGUAGGUA